UGGACAUGGCUUCCCAAGUGAUUUUACACACGCACUGCUACUGGAAAUCGCACAGAUUCGCACUCAUCACGAGUUGAUUCCCGUGCAGCACCGUUAUGUAAUCGUACUUUGACCCUCCUCGCUCCCACUAGCAUGUAAAAAACAAGGUGGGAUCGGAAGUGUUAUGGAAAGAGGCAAAAUAAAGAGAAAACACAAAGGCAUAUAUUCGGGCGGUGGGGACCGGGAGGGAAGGGAGAAAAACAUCAACAUGGCACAGCCAGAAAAACAUUACAAGGUGUUUUUCCUAGCAGUGAUUGCUUUGCUGGUUGCCAUUUGCCUGGCAGAAAUCCCCUUAUGCCACCCCCGGCAUAAGACUGCAGUAGUAAAGAUGGACGAGGCCUCUCUCACUGUGAACAAUGAGCUGGACGCUGAGAUGGUCGUGAGCUGGCUAUCAGACCACUGCUAUCAGUGUGUGUACCAGCCCCUGGGUGUGGUGCCAGCGGGCCCUGGACCAGGCUUAACCAGCUCAAUGGACUUCACCGUGGGCACACAGCAUGGCAUCACCCUGCAGCUCAACAGCAGCCCCGUCAGCCUGGAACUCUGCACGGUUCAUUACCACUUUUGGGAGCAUGGUAACUACUCUCUGUGGGUCAAGAACCUGAAUGACUCCUCAGUGGUCAACUGUUCCAUGAUCACUGACACAGAAACGGUCAACAGCUACCUGCCCAUCAUGGUGGCCUUUCUGUUGUUCACGGGACUGGCUAUACUGUCUGCUAUUGGAGCUACUGUCAUGGGGCUGGACGUGGUGAAGAAUCUGAUGUUCCGAUUGGGCAACUCCAUGGAAACUGAGAGGCUCAUCAACUCAGACCUGGGGUUUCCAUGCAGGACGGUGGAGACGGCCACAGACACCAUCCUCCCCGGCCCCGCCACCCCCAGCCGGAGGCUCCGAUCCCUGGACACUUUCAGAGGGCUGUCCCUGGUCGUCAUGGUGUUUGUGAACUACGGAGGAGGGAGGUACUGGUUCUUCAGACACGAGAGCUGGAACGGACUCACAGUUGCUGAUUUGGUCUUUCCCUGGUUUGUGUUCAUCAUGGGCACAUCUAUAUCCCUGUCUGUCAGCUCAGCCCUGCGGUGUGGUUUGUCACGUUUCUCUUUGUUCACCAAGGCGGUCUGGAGGAGUGUUCAGCUCUUCCUCAUAGGACUCCUCAUCAUCAACCCCAACUACUGCCAGGGACCACUAUCGUGGGACUCCCUGCGUAUCCCUGGCGUGCUUCAGCGUCUGGCCUUCUCCUAUCUCGUGGUGGUCUCUCUGGACCUCUGUGUGGCCUGGAACAGCCUGGACAACCUUCCUGUGGAUGCUUGGUGGUACCCUGCUCGUGAGUUCCUGCUCUACUGGCCAGCCUGGCUGUGUGUGGUCGUCUUGGAAACCGUGUGGCUCUGUCUCACCUUCCUGCUCCCUGUUCCUGACUGCCCAAGUGGUUAUUUGGGCCCGGGUGGUAUUGGGGACAUGGGCCAGUACCCAAACUGCACUGGGGGAGCAGCUGGAUAUGUAGACCGUUGGCUACUGGGAGAGAACCACAUCUACCAAACCCCUUCCUCACGGGUGAUCUACAAGUCUCACCUGCCCUUUGAUCCAGAGGGAGUCCUUGGCAGCAUCAACUCUGUCCUCAUGGCUUUCCUGGGACUACAGGCAGGAAAGAUUCUCCUCCACUACAAGGAUCAGCAUUCCAGUAUAAUGGCCCGGUUUCUCAUAUGGAGCCUGGUUCUGGGAAUCAUAUCAGCCGUUCUGACCAAAUGUUCACUAAAUGAAGGCUUCAUCCCCAUCAACAAGAAUCUAUGGUCUCUCUCCUACGUGACCACCCUGGCGUGUUUUGCCUUGCUGCUCCUGGUGUUGAUCUACUACACAGUAGAUGUGAAGAGGUGGUGGUCUGGGGCGCCCUUCUACUACCCCGGUAUGAACUCCAUCCUGGUGUACGUGGGCCACGAGGUCCUGGAGGAGUACUUCCCGUUCCGCUGGCGCAUGACGGACAGCCAAUCCCACGCAGAGCACCUGACCCAGAACCUAUUGGCCACUUCCUGCUGGGUCCUCAUCUCCUUCCUGCUGUACAGGAAGAACAUCUUCUGGAAGAUCUAGAGGGCCAGGACGCGUUUCAAAUAGUCUUUCUUCAAGACCUCUAAAGAUUUAGGGGGAAGGUCUGAAGGGGCCGGGCUGCGUCUCAUAAGUAUUUUCUCAAGUCUUUCUGAAGGAUCUACUCUCCUCAAUUCCUUGUGUCCUUUAACCAACGAUCCACUCACUGGGAGAUGUCGAGCUGGGCCGUAUCUCAAUAGUCUCCUCAAUUCCUUGUGUCCUUUAACCAACGAUCCACUGGGAGAUGUCGAGCUGGGCCGUAUCUCAAGUCACCUCAAUUCCUUGUGUCCUUUAAUCAACGAUCCACUCACUCGGAGAUGUCGAGCUGGGCCGUAUCUCAAUAGUCUCCUCAACUCCUUGUGUCUUUUGAAGAUCUUUUGUCUGGGUUGCAUUUCACUUGUCUUUCAUCAAUUCCUUGUAUCCUUUCUCCAGCUUCCUUUUUAAAAAAGGGAAUAGUGUAAAGCGUUUCCUCUCCUUGUUUCCUUUCCUCGUGUGCUCUCCUUGCUUGACGCUGAUGUUUUUGAGAAGGGAACAUAUCACUCAGGAAAAGGCUGGUCUGAGACACGGAAACUCUGGAAACCAUGAUUACCAUUUUUCUGCUCAUCAAAUCAAAUGUUAUUAGUCCCAUGCUCCGAAUACAACAGGCGUGGACCUUACCGUGAAAUGCUAAAUACAACAGGCGUGGUGGACCUUACCGUGAAAUGCCGAAUACAACAGGCGUGGUGGACCUUACCGUGAAAUGUUUACUUACGAGCCCGUAACCAAAAAUACAGUUCAAGAAAGUAGAGUUGAUGGAAACAAUGCUACAGGCUCUGGUCUACGCUACACUGUAACUACGGACACACAGGUCAGAGGUCACUGGGAUGUGUGUGACAUACAUGUGGGAUCAAACUGGACUUUAAAAAAAAUAGAGUGUACAGCCAAACCGGUAUGGAAUAGUGUACCAUGGAUAAUACCAAUGUGUUGAUUCUCGUUUGUGCGAGUACGAGCACCUGUUAGUUCUCUUGGGACUGAAACUACCAAUGCCAGACAGUUGAAAUAACUUGUACUAAUUAAUGACAUUGUCUUUUUGUGUUUAUUUUUAUUGCCAAAGUCAUCGAGGAAAUGAAUGACGGCUGAACAAACCCGCAAACCUAUCUGUAUGUGUACAUUUCAUGGGUCAUUCCACAAAUUCAGUGCCUUUUUCAGAAGUGUAAAAAAAAAAAAAAAAAAA